GGGGCGUUAGGCCCAGCCCAGACGCCGCUUCGGCUCUUCCUCGUUGUCCAGCUCGGGCCUCCUCCAGAACCUGUGGAGGGCGGAGAAAGGAGAGGAGGAGGAGGAGGAGGAGGAGCCGCAGCCGCGCUCCUGACUGAUAUUAGAGGCCGACAUGGUGCUGCCCGUUUGGGUCCGGGCCGGCGGCGGGGCCUGGGCCUGGCGCCGGUCCGCGGGCCGAGUCGUUCCCGCGCGGCCCCUCAGCAGCAACAGCCACCCGAGGAGCACCUUUGAUGUCGCUGUCGUUGGCGCUGGCAUCGUGGGGCUGGCAUCGGCCAGGGAGCUCAGCCUGCGGCAUCCGACCCUCACGUUUGGAGUGCUGGAAAAAGAGAAGGAGUUAGCCUUCCAUCAAAGUGGACACAACAGUGGCGUUAUUCACAGUGGAAUCUACUACACACCGGGAUCGCUAAAGGCGAAGCUAUGUGUGGAGGGGUCAAUCCUCUGCUAUGAAUACUGCGACCAAAAGGGAAUCCCCUACAAACAGUGCGGCAAGCUGAUUGUUGCAGUUGAACAAGAAGAAAUUCCAAGACUCAAAGCGCUGUAUGAGAGGGGGCUAAAGAACAAUGUCCGGGGACUAAAACUGAUAACUACCAAAGAAAUACAAGCAAAGGAGCCUUACUGCCGGGGUUUGAUGGCCCUGGAUUCCCCAUACACUGGCAUUGUGAACUACAGGCAGGUGGCCCUAGCCUAUGCUGAGGAUUUUCAGGCAACUGGAGGAACCGUUUUGACUGACUUUGAGGUGGAAGAUAUGGAGAUGGUGAAAGAAAGUCCCGCUGGAAGUAAAGAAGGGAUGAAAUAUCCAGUCGUUGUUAGAAAUUCAAAGGGGGAGGAAAUCCAUUGCCGGCACCUGGUGUCCUGUGCAGGGCUUUAUUCAGAUCGCCUCUCUCAAAUCAGUGGUUGCAGUCCAGAGCCCCGCAUCGUGCCUUUCCGGGGUGAUUAUUUGGUGCUGAAACCAGAGAAGUGCUACUUGGUUCGAGGAAAUAUUUAUCCGGUACCUGAUCCACGUUUCCCCUUUCUGGGCAUUCAUUUUACCCCAAGGAUGGACGGGAGCAUUUGGCUUGGGCCUAAUGCUGUGCUCGCCUUCAAACGAGAGGGCUACAAAUUUUAUGACUUCAGCAUCCGAGAUUUUAUAGAUGCAACUGCUUACAGUGGCUUGUGGAAGCUGGUGCUCAGGAACCUCUCGUACGGGAUGGGAGAAAUGUACAGAGCGUGUUUCCUUAGUGCGCAAGUGAAGCAGCUGCAAAAAUUCAUACCUGAAGUUACCAUCAAUGAUAUUCUCAGAGGUCCAGCUGGUGUCAGAGCUCAGGCCUUGGACAACGAUGGGAACUUGAUAGACGAUUUUGUGUUUGAUGGAGGCACUGGAGACAUUGGCAGCCGAAUUCUGCACGUCAGAAAUGCUCCUUCACCUGCUGCUACCUCCUCCCUUGCCAUUGCAAAAAUGAUCGCCCGUGAGGUGGAGCGGAGAUUUGAAUUGUGAGAGCAAUACCGGAGGCUUGGACCUGAGUGAUCCCUCCGUGGUCAGGCACUGCGACGGACAAUAAAGGAAACAGCAGGAGGAAACUGUUUAUUUGGGGAGAAGCAGUCAGAAUGGAAACGGAUCUCACCCACUAGAUUGCCUUGUGGAAGACUCAAGUCUCACUAUGCUCUGAUUCUCCGUUCUCCCUGGACUAAGUAUUUAUUCUGCAUGCAUCAGAGAAGCAGACCAGCAGGGAGAGUGACCCAUUCUCUGUUUCUGUUCCAUGCAAAGAUUCACCAAUGCACCAGGGGCCCCUUUGGAACUCUCUGGAAAACAGGUGCUGUGAUUGGGCUACUUUCCCUCAAUUACCUGAAGAAGGCAGGGCAGUAAAGUAGCCAACCCAGAGGGGAAAUUCUCCCGGCCUAGGCCCAUCGAAAGCAUGAGGGAUGAGCAAGAGAACAAGAGUAGAUUGUGCCUCAGGCAUUGGAACCAAAAAUUAUUUUUCUUUAGCAAGUAAAAUAAGCAGUGUCCGUGGUUUGCUCCUGGGUGAUUUUGUCUUUUGUUUUAUCAUUGCUGAAAAUCAGGCCAUUCUCCAAAUUGCAGAUUGUUGAAUCACUAUUUCAUUUUGUGACAGAUCGUCAUGUGCACACAACCUUCCUUUUUCUGGGUGGUCGAGGCAUGCAAAGAUCAGAGUAGUACCAUGUGAGACUAUGACCUAAACUACACCAAUCAGGAUAUGGCACUAUGAAAGCGGUAUAUGAAAGGCAGGAGCCACACGACUGCUUUACAGCGGCAUUGAAGUGCACAGACAACUGUUGGGGCCCAUUGACACAGACCAUAUACCACUUCUAUAGUGCUAUAUCCUGCUUGGUGUGGCUCCUGCCUUUUAUAUACCGCUUUCCUAGUGAAAUAUUCUGCUUGGUCUAGAUUAGGCCUGUUUUUUAAAAAAUGAAGUGCAAGGUUGCUAGGAAAUGAGCCCAGAUCAGAAGAUACACAAUUAGAAAGUGAGUUUAUAACCGCCCAGAGAGCCCUGGCUAUGGGAGCGGUAUAUAAGUUUAAUAAAUAAAUAAAUAAAUUUAUACAAAACCUUGUUGUGUGUUGAGCAACAGUCAAAAAGGAAGGAAAGGAACCUCUCGUGCAAGCACUGAGUCAUUACUGACUCUUGGAGGGACGCCAGCUUCGCUGAUGUUUUCUUGGCAGGCCUUAUAGCGGGGUGGUUUGCCGUUGCCUUCCCCGGCUGUGAUUGCCUUUCCCCCAGCUAACUGGGUACUCAUUUUACCGACCUCGGGAGGAUGGAAGGCUGAGUCGACCCGAGCCGGCUGCCUGAAACCAGCUUCCGCUGGGCUCGAACUCAGGCCGUGGGGAGAGUUUCAGCUGCAGAAACUGCUGCUUUUACCGCUCUGCGCCACACGAGGCUCAGAUUUUUAAAAUCUGUUUUUUUUUAAAUAAAGUGCAAGGUUGCUAGGAAAUGAGCCCAGAUCAGAAGAUACACGAUUAGAAAGUGAGUUUAUACAAAACCUUGUUGUGUGUUGAGCAACAGUCAAAACUGCUCCAUAAAUACAAAAGUGAUGGACAAGUGAAUUUAUAAAGUUUUUUCUUUUCUUUAUUGAA